UCGGUUCUCGCCAACAGUCGAGCCGCAACGUCGAUCAGUUUACAUCAGCGCCUUGCGCAUAGCACCGUGAGAGUGCGUAGUGUUCAGUGAAAAAAAUGGUGGUUAUUUGGGUGUAGUCGGGGCGAAUUCUCCGCAACACGAAUGUGAGUACCGGCUGGCUAAGGGGUUUACGAGUGCUAUUUGUCGACGCAUCGCGAGGCUAGUACGAUCGGAUCCGUAUCGGAGAUUCUUUCAGCUCCACUGGCACUAGAAAUUUGUUAACAGAGUCAGCAGUUAAUAUGGGAAGAUAUAUAGCUUAAGCCCAAAAUGCUGCUGAUACGGAUAUUUUAAAUCUUAUAACAAAGACUGCUUGUUAAAGAAUAAUCUCUUGGUCAAAAAAGUUUUAAUUUCCUCGUUUUUGAGCAGAGAACGAUAGUAUAAUCUUUAUUAAUUUUGUAUCGGAGAAACGCUGAGCAAAGAAGCGCAGAAAAUAAAAGCGAAAUAAUUUUGUGAAGUAGUCUUAAAUAAAGUUAGUUAUGUGCAAUGCCGAGAUGCUACAAUGACAGCAAGACAGUGAGUUUAGUGAACAGCAAUCAUAAACACAAUACAGACGACAUUGUAUUAACGCAAUCGCAUGCUUUCUCGAUUGGAAGUCAAUUGGAAGUAGACGAAGAUCCACCGGUAGUUGAAAAAUCACAUAGGCGGCUUCGGUGUGACCUAAGUCCUGUCCCAACUAGCACCAAUUCUAAUUUUAAUAUCAAGCUUCUCGGUUUAAAGGGUGAUAAAGGUAGUCGCCAGGAUCAUCAGGUGAGCACUGGAUUUGGAGGACAUCGAGAAAAAGAUAGGGAGACCAAAAAGAGAGCAGCUAUAGGCAAUACAGUGCGUGGACUCCUCUCAUCUGGCCACAGCAGGCAGGACAGGUAUGAGACAAAUAGACAGCGUUCUUCGGGCGGAACUGGUGGUGGCUUGUCUAGUUUAUGUCCUAAGCUGGUGGCCAGUGGAGGCAGUGGCAACCAAAGUGGCAUUAGUUUGGCAGUGGGCCACUUAGCCUCUCAGGAGAGUGGAAGCCCUUGCACAGUUGUCACGACUCAAAGGAUCCACGCACAUAAUCAUAGACGCCAAAGAAAGCUUUCUAUUGUCUCACAGGCAGGUCCUAGUGCCAACACUACUGGUGAUAGGAAGGUACUGUCCAAUACAGGUCGUUCCAACAUUUCGAAAAAACAACUUCGAACACAGCGGCACGAUCAGAAUGCCGAUUCCUUGUCUAUAACUAGUAAUGGUCUUGCGACUAGUUCACCAUCUUCCAAAAAGAAAGUACUGUCUAGCCUGCGCAUUUCCGAAAAGUCAUCUACCCAAAGCGUGAAUUCAUCAUCCUUAGAUCAUGAAAAUGAUCGUAGUUUUAGCGAUGCUGAAGAAGCACUUGCAUCAGAGAAUGUAUUUGCGGCAUCAGGAUCUAGUUCUACACCUUCAACGCCAAUUGGUAAAGUGAAGUCCGAAAAAUUUAGCAAGAAUGAAGAGGCAAGUGUGGAACAUAGUGUCCUCACCGAGUGUACCGAUUUAUCGAGGAAUGCUGCAGAUGUACAACACAUGAUUUUAAAUGAGUUUGAAAGGGAUGCCGCGGUGUUAAGAUUAUCUACGACACACAAAUCACAUUCGAUCAAUCAGGAGAACAUUACGAACAGUAAACAAAAAUCAUUAUCCAAUUCCAUCAUUAGCGUAAAGUCUAUCAAUAGUAGUGACCAAAAAGUUUCGAAGCAUAAAAAUCGCAAUUCCGCAGAGAAAAUGAUCGAACAUCAUAGCAGCAAGGACAUUGAGGUGCUUAAUUUGGAGAAGGAUUUAGACGAUGCUACGACAUCAGCGGAUUUAGAAAUGAAUUCUGCAGAUAGUAGUAAAGAUAAGCAAACGAAAAUUAGGAAAUCUAUAGGGUACAUUGAUAGCGUCGAUGAUUGUACAGAUAAGGAAACCGCGGACACUCUAAAGACUGCAACUGGUGAUAAGAGGGAAGUGGGGACUACUGCUACCGUGUUAUGCGAGGUAAUUAAGAGCUCGAGGUUCGUAACAUCGAAGGUACCAGAAGAGACGGAAGAGAUCAAGAAUGCUGAUAAGGAAGACGCGGAUGUGCAUGCGGAGGUGGAGAAAGAGGAAGAAGUGGAAAGAGUAACUAUAUACGAUGACGAUGGCACGAGUAUCAGUGACAUAGUGGCAGCACAAGCGCUUCAUGAAUCGUUGAGUAAAUUGGGCAAAGUACCGCCAUUGGACACGGAAACGGAAGCGAAAGGAAUGCCAAAGACGCACUUGCACGAGACGAAGAUGGAAGAGCAUCCGGAAAAGGAUAUUGUCGCGCAGGAGGAAACGGUUGAAGGUUUUAUCGGUCCAUUGCUUGAUGAAAACUUUAAAGCGGAUGAGAAAUUGUCGCAGAAGACGAUGGCAAUGGAGGAAGUUCAAAAUUUAUUAAUGAAAGUUAAGGUGCAAGCUGUCGAGGACGAUGAUGAUGAAGAGAAGGCUGUAGGUAUUUCGCCAGAUGGUAGAUUUUUGAAAUUUGAGGAGGAAAUUGGUCGUGGCAGUUUUAAGACUGUUUAUCGUGGAUUGGACACUCAAACGGGCGUAGCAGUAGCGUGGUGCGAAUUGCAGGAGAAAAAGUUAAAUAAAACAGAAAGAUUAAGGUUUAGGGAAGAAGCUGAGAUGUUAAAAGGAUUACAACAUCCAAAUAUUGUAAGAUUUUAUGACUAUUGGGAAGUUACACUUACUCGUAGAAAAUAUAUUGUACUAGUCACUGAACUUAUGACAUCAGGAACAUUGAAAACGUAUCUAAGAAGAUUUAAGAAGAUCAACCCCAAAGUAGUAAAAUCUUGGUGUCGACAAAUUUUAAAAGGUCUGAGCUUCCUUCAUUCUAGAUCACCGCCCAUUAUUCACCGUGAUUUAAAAUGUGAUAAUAUUUUUAUCACGGGUACGACGGGAAGUGUAAAAAUUGGUGAUUUGGGUCUUGCAACACUAAAGAAUCGUAGUUUUGCUAAGAGCGUUAUUGGCACGCCAGAAUUUAUGGCGCCUGAAAUGUAUGAGGAACAUUACGAUGAGUCAGUUGAUGUUUACGCCUUUGGAAUGUGCAUGCUCGAAAUGGCAACCAGCGAGUAUCCAUAUUCUGAAUGUACAGGACCAGCACAAAUAUAUAAACGUGUAGUAUCGGGUGUUAAACCACAGAGUUAUGAUAAAGUUGAGAAUCCAGAAGUGCGCGAUAUUAUUGAAAUGUGUAUACGUCUAAAGAAGGAGGAGCGCCCGCUCGUUAAGGACUUACUCAAUCAUGAAUUCUUUGCCGACGAUGUCGGACUGAAAUUGGAAAUGGUGUCACGAGAUUCAGCAGUUGCGGACACUGAGUUAUCGCGCGUUGAAUUCAGACUACGUGUGCUGGAUCCUAAAAAGCGGAGUAACAAGCACAAAGAGAAUGAGGCAAUACAAUUCGAUUUCGACAUACAGGCCGACAAUGCGGAGGAGGUGGCACUAGAAAUGGCAAAAUCCAGCCUCAUAUUAGAGGAAGACGCUAAAGCAGUAGCAAAAAUGUUAAAGUCGCAAAUUACCACCCUGUUGAGAGAAAGAGAAGAACGCAAAGCUAAGGAGGAGAAGGAACGUUUGGACAGGGAAACCGCCGCCGCCGCCGCCGAAACUGCCACUGCUAACGCUGCAAAUACUGAGAAUUUGUUGCAGCAACAAUUAUUAUUGCAACAGAUGCAAUUGCAGCAACAACAAAUACAGUCGAAUAUCGGUAUGCAGAUGCAAAAUCAAGUGUCGAUGCAAUUGCAACAGGCUCAGAUACCCCUUCAGCAGCAGCCACUGCAGCCAACCACUCAGCAAGCUCAACAACACAAUCUACAACCGCAGCAGGUACAACUAGUUCAACAGCAACCGAUAAUUCAACAACAAACGUCAGUCGUACAGCCACAGCAGGCACAGCAAAUGCAAUACCAGCAGCAGAUACAGCAACAGUACCAGCAGCAACAACAGCAAUAUUCCCAACAUGUUCCGCAGAGCUUGAGCGCGAAUUCUCCACAAUGUUCCACCCCGCAAAAUGUUCAGGGACAGCCUCAAUUCCCGCAGGUAACGCAGCAGAUACAGCAGCAGCAGCAGCAGCAGCAACAUGUGCAUCAACAACAGCAGUAUAUACAGUUAAAUCAAAUGGGUGUUCCGCAACAAAUGCCUCAUCAGAUGCCGCAGCAGAUGCAGCCUCAGAUGCAGAUGCUACCGCAACAGCAGCAUAUGCAUCAACAGCUUCAACAACAGCAGUAUACGACGCAACCGCAGAUUCAGCAUGUUCAGCAGGUGCAGCAAGUUCAGCAAAUGCAUCCACACUCCGUUAGCUCGCCGCCCGUUCAGAGCCAACAAUAUUACCAGCAAGGCGCUACCGGUUCCUCGGGAUACGUGUCAGCUGGCUCUUUGUAUCAGCAGACCAUGCCGCAGCAAAUAUUUCACACCUACACCACGUCCACCAAUCCUUCCGGUCACGUAGAAAUCCUAUCAUCCACUCAAACCGCGACGCAAAUUUACUCUCAUGCAAGUUUACCUACAGCUGCGGUGCCCGCGUCGUCGCAAUCAUAUAUUCCUUCGGCAGCGCAAGUUCAGGCGUCCAUACCAUCCGCUAUAAAUGUAAGCUCGGCAGCUGUAACUCAUAUGCAAAACGUAACAACUUCGACAAUUCCUAAUGUACAAACUGCGCCCACCUUGCUCGGCAAUCAGCCCCAGUCUCAACAAAAUAUUCUCGUACAAAUGCAGUAUUCGCAGACUGCAAACGUCAUACCCAGUACCAUUUCAAUUGCAACGCCUAUUGCAAACGUCCCAGCGCAAUCUGCAAACGUCUCGUCUACCAAUCUGCAGCAGCAGCAGCAACAUUUUCUUUCAAACGCGGAUCAAUGUCCCACGACUGACAGGUCUUCCUUGAUAAAGCAAGAUACAAUGGAUUCGAUACAAUCUCUGCCGCCAGAUGUAUCAAUCAGUCUGCAACAGGAGCAAGUUAUGGCACCUCCUCCAAUCGCGACGAACGUUACGCAGCAGCCUGUAACGUCAAACGAUGGCGUUACGCCCGAAAAUUCUGAAAGCGUUACCGCCUCCGAAAGGAGCCGUGUGAAACGUUCCGGAACCAAACGAAAGAAGUCGGGUAUUAAAUUAACAGUCUUGUCCGUCAGUAGCGGCGAAGGACAAUCGAUGACUGUUGAGUGCCAGCUAGAUACGAGCAAACAAAAGACUGUUACUUUUAAAUUUGAUCGAGAUGAUAUGGUACCUACGGAUAUUGCCAAUAAUUUGGUUGCAGAAAAUUUAUUGCCACAAUCCCAAUGCGAGACGUUUGUAGAAUUAAUCGAAGAUAUUGUCAAGCAAUUACGCUUAGAUCCUACACGUGCCCUACCUUUAGUAGCGCAUGGUCCACCCGACCAAUCUGCCGGUGGAAGUCCAGUUACAAGUCGACGUCCUAGAGAUCGCGAUCACAGUCUCGAUACAGCUAAGCAGGUGAGACAUGGCUCGCUAACACGUCAAAGCAGCCACCGAUCGUCGUACAAAGUCCACCGUAGGCACCGUUCGAGAGACGAAACUUCAAAUACUUCUACCCCAACGAAAUUGUUGCCGAUCGACCAAAUUAUUUCCCAUAUUGCCAAUACUAGUUUGGAAAAGCAGCAAGUUGCUCAAACUCCCGACAGUCAAGUGGGUGUCGAGAAUACGUCAGCGGAAGCUUCCAGAAGAUCAUCUACAUCGACGCAAAAUACCGAUACUCUAACUCCUACGAAUAUACCGAGUGAUCCAACGGACAAUCAAGAAACUAUCGUUUCUGCAACGUCCGCAGAAACAGUUGUGGAAACUUAUAAUAUUCAGGAUGACGCUAAUAACUCGGCUUUUAAAUCUUAUCAAAAUUCAAUAGCCGGUCAGGCUCAAGCACAGGAUGCAACGGUGAAUGCGGGUUACGUGAACGAGACGCAGAAAGAAUCUCAAGAACAGCAAGACGCAGUGGACGUGAAAGAAUCGGGAGCGGCUAAGGAGGCAUUCGAUGUAACUGCGGAAAUAUCUAGCUUGACGGUACCAGCGCCAGUGCGUAAAGUUUCUCGGUUCUUAGUUAGUCCUGUGGUUGAACAGAAGAACGUUGCAGCUGAGGAUGAAGCUUCCGGUGUCGGUGAAGGUACAGAUCGUGCGAACAUUGCGACGUCUCAACAAACAGUGUCUCAGCCUGUUGCGUCUGCCACGAACGUAGAAUCUACACUGAAGAUCGAGGACCAUGCGGAAGCAAGUAUUCCGGGAACUCAGAAUGUGACGGUGCACGAACAAGCUAGCAAUAACGAGAUGGUUCAAGGGAUUCAGUACACGGUGGAGCAAACAGAUAGUACUCAACAGGUUUUGCAACAAGGACAACAACCGAUCGGGCUGCAGCAGAAUAUUAUUCAGGUGCAGACCUUGCAGCAAGUGACAGGACACGUGCAACAAACUACGACUAUCGGGCAGAAGCAACACACCAUAAUCGUGCAAGGAGCCACAAUGACCACGCAGCAAACGUCCCAGCAGAUGCCGCAGACCGGCGUGCAGCAUUUCAUGCCGGUGAGCUCACAGAAGGAGUUGCCAGCUCAACCGCUUCACGUGAAUGGGAUAGCUCAGGCACAGAUGACGCCGCAGUACCCAAAUCAGCCGGUGGUACAACCCGGCGUUGUGAUGCAGCAGCCGCAGCAACAAAUUCCUAUGCAGACUAGCGUGAUGCAGCCACACGUACAAGCGGAGCAUCAGCUGCAAGGUCAGAUACAACAGGCUCAACGUCCAGCAGUGCAACAGUUCGUGCCGCAGCAAGUGCAGCCGCCUGCACAGCAGUACGUAAUGCUGUCGGGGCAGCCGAUAAUGCAACCGAUACAACCGAUGAGUAUAGAUGAGCGAAAUCGUAGAAUAGCGAGUUUGUCUGCCGCAUCCAAUGUAUCUAUGGACUUGGGGAUAUCGGACUCGUCCAAUCUACCCGACGAGAAAAGGCAGAACGUUCCUGUGGCUAAUAUAUCCGUAGCGCAUAUGCAACAGGUGCAAAUUGUUCCGGAUAUGUCAGGUGCGGUGCCAUUGGCGCAAAGUGUCGUGGAGAAUGGUCAGCAGCUUCAAACGGUGCAUCAAGGUAUACAGCACGUGCCAGGAACUGUGCCGCAGUCUAUGCCAGUGGCUCUUCCCGUGCAUCCAGUCGCUGCCACGGACAUUUCUGCGCCUAAAAUGACGAUUAAAGCGAAGGAAGUGUCUUCAACGUUACCAGACCUCGCGCAGAACUUGGCGAACAUACUCUCGAAUCCAAAAUCCAAAUCCGCCACGCCUCAUCCUUUAACGACUCACGAGUCGACCGUUGUUCCUAAUGUUGCCGCUAGCACGCUAGUCGAUUAUAAGCCUGUGCAGUCCGAGCAGUACUUUCAACCGAUACAACCGGAAGCGAGUCAGCUACAAAUUCAGCCGCCCAUUCAACAUAAUUAUCAGGGACAAAUUGUACAUCAGGCGUAUCAAAGUCAACAGAACUUUCAACAGGCGUUCCAGAAUCAACAGCUGCUCCAUCAGAAUCAAGCGCAACCAAUACCGCAGUCAAUUCCGAUAACAAUCCCGCAGCAAAUCGACGCCCAAGCACAAAUGGUGCCGGGGACUCUUCAGAGUGUAUCGGGUCAGCCAAUCGUUCAAGGAAAGUGGAUUGUUUCGACUAAUCAAACCCCUCUGCAGCAGCCGUUGCGACAGCCAAAUCAACCGCCGCAGCUGCUUCAAGGUCAGACGCAACUGCAACAAGUCUCGAUGCCACUGCAAAUGCAGCAACAAACCAUGCCAGAUCAACAGCACGGCGACUCAUCCGUUGCAUUAGAUCAAUCGCAUUUACAUCUAAAGCUUCCCGAACAACAUCCGACGAAACCUGUGGAAGCUGAAAGUUUAGAAUCCUUGAAUUCAAAUGGCAUACGUCGUACUAGUUCUGAUUGCCAAUUGCUUACAUCCGAGAAUGAAAACUCUAGUCACGAUGUAACACCGGAGCACACUUUCGUCGAAUCCAUCGAGUCUUCGUUGAUCCAACAGCAACAGCAGCAGCAACACCGUAAGCUCAGUCAGCAAAAUUCACUGGACAAAGUGUCAGAUGUAAGCGUCGGAGGUGGUGCUGGACCACAGACCAUAGCUGAUUUGCAGCAAAAGCUUGUACAAUUGACGAAUCAGCCGUCAGAAUCGUUGAACGUCGGUACGCCACCUGUGAGCUAUCCCGCUACGCCUCAUAAUCAUCAAAUAGUAGCAGGAUACGACGCGUAUAUGCAGCAGAAAAUAUUCAAUGCUGGUGUGCCAGUCUCGUCCACAGGUUCUGCGUGCCCUUUAUCUCCUCAAACAACGAUACAUUCCUCUACCAUUCUCACUGAUACGCAAGUCGAUGCGACUCUCGAAGGCUCCUCUAUAGCCCAAGACAACUCUGGCACGUUUUCUCAAAAUAAUGUGGAAUGCUCACUGGACAGUCCAACGCCAGGAGCUCCCACAGGGCCUGAAACUAUGAGCCCGAGUAAAGAGAAUGUAAAGAUACGCGCUCAGAGACCUGGCUCCCGUUUGCAAGAGUUGGAGCAGGAAUUGGCAAAAAUUCAUAGAGGAUCGGUUUUUACAGGACCACCGACGCAACCGUUAACGCCACCCAUACCCGUGAUUAAUCCCGUACAGGCGCAACAGCAACCUUUGUUAACCACCGCUCCACCGAUUUCAACAGUACCCGUGGCAACUGUCACUCCUAACAUUGUAACCCCACGGUCGGGUACCAAUACUCCAGUUCAAGCAGAACUCCAGGACAAUACCAGCGAGAAGGUGAAUCCAGCACAACCCAUUCGAAAAAUAUCAAGAUUCGUAGUUUCUAAGGUUGCGGGUCCACCCACUCAUAGUACUGCUGUUAAUCAACAGCAAACUACUGAUGCUGCGAGGAUUCAGUUGCAACAAACGGAAGAACUAAAACUUUCGGAGCGGCAAAAUAUUCCUCCUCAUCAUACAGAUAAUCUGCAUGGUGUACCUACACAAGUACCUCAUAGCCGAGAGAAUUCUGUUCCGCCAACUGUACCGGUAGCGCAUGGUACUAAUGUUUCAAAUAUUGAACCUGAGAAAGAAGAAAGGUUCAUGGCUCUCACACCGAGCGAAGAAUAUCAACUACUCAUAAAAAGGCAAACGCUGGAAUUAGAAACGUUGCAAAAAAGACAUAGGGAAGAGUUGGAACGUUUUCAACAUCAUCAGUUACAAUUGCUUAUUCAGCAGCAGCAGCAAGCAAGUGCGCUUCAUCAACAUCAGCAUCACCCAUUACUUUAUCAUACUGUCGCAACAAACAUUUCUGGGUCUAGAAUUCCAGGAAUGGAGGAUUAUCUGAUGUUCAGUACAUCGCCACAAACUCCGUUGCAAAAGGGGCCGAACAAUUAUCCGGACACGGAGGAGACCUUACGGCUGGCCAUGCAGAAAUUGAAGCAGACCCCACUGCAGCUUCAACCGCAGCAGGCAUCAGCUGGAAUACCGCACGCUUACGUUAUUCCAAUUCCAGUAGUGCCUUCUGAAAAUAUACCAAGUGUAGUUUCUCAGCAGGGUAACAAUUGCCCGAGUGAUACAGCUGAGAGCAUCGAUUCGACCCACAGUCCGGCGGUCAGCAAUCCAGCGCAGUACCAAUUCACACCUAUAUUAUCAGAAGGGACGAAUAUUCCAUCGACGAUUGGGCCUUUGUCAAUACCCAGCUCGACGGGCGCGUAUAUACAGUAUCACGAGGGCCAGCCGUUACCGAAUUUUCAGACUUUUAGUUGCACCCCUCACGGCGGUUUCUUUUUGCCAGCUGGAUACCGGCUGAUAUACGCGCCGACAACUCAGUCCCAGCCCGCGACACCAGCAGCCUCGUGCAUAGCGAGCUCCUCGCGCGACGAUACGCCUCCAACAUCGGAGCCCCAUAACUCAAGCACGACCGAAAACUCGACAGCCCCGCCAUCGCAUUCGGAUCAAUAACGUAACAUUUGGCUCACACGCUUCUAUCUUUCGAUCGAUCUGUGCUCAUUCUUAGUUUAACGCUCGGUAUCAUCGUGUGCAUAGUGCAAGGUUCUGCAUUACUAUCACGAAUGUAAUUUAAAUAUAUAAUUUGCUAAUGAAUCGCGUGCGCGCGUUGUUUCUAGACAUUAUCACGGACGAGAGACGUGAAGGCGAAUAAAGAAGAAGAGAUAGAGUGCGUGAAUGAAAGUGUUUUUUCGAUGUACGACGUACUUGCAUAUAUAUUAAGCAAGAUAUCAAAUAUUAUCGCUAUCUGGGCGUGUGCAUGAUAUUACUUUGAUAUGUGCCUCGCAGCGAAAAGUAAUACGGGGACGUAUCGCGAGGGAGCGAUGUGUUUUCCGAAAAACGUAACGCAGAAAUUUGAGAUAGAGGCCUUUACAUGUACUGUGCUUCAAUACUGUGGUUAAAAAAAAUGAAUAAAAGCAGAAAAAAAUCUUCCUUUGCUGAGAGAACUCUAAGGGAUUCUACUACUGCACGAUUCCUUUAGUAGCACAGCUCAUUAGUACAGGCCUCCGCUAGUCUUACGAUCGAAAUGGCACAAACGGCCAUUCUGCUCGAUAUAUAUGUAUAACUGUUAUUGUAUGCUGGAUGUGUCAGAAACAAGCGGAUGGAGAUUGAGUGAGAAAGAUGAAAUAAAGACAAAGAGGUAAAAGGGACAAAGAAGAGGAAGUUACAGAGUGAAAAAAGAGCGUUACGUAUGCAAAACUGUGUAUAUGCACGAACGACCGCAUCUGUAUGUGUGACUGCACGGAUAUGUAUGCAUCGGAAGUAAAUAGGCAGUGAAAGAGUGAAAGAAAGAGAAAAAAAUAUGAUUAAUAUAGUCACUGUUAUGCUUUAAUGUAUUUCUAGCGAUUUUGCCUAUUUCAAUUAAAGAAAGUCAUGUGUUAUAUACUAGUUAGCAAACCCAUGUAUCUCUCGUUUACUAUUGAUGAUGAUUAUUAUUAUUAUUAUUAUUAUUAUCUUCUUUUAAAACUGGUAGUAGCCGUUUUAGCUACCGUUGUUUAUUUUGAUAGAUAUAUAUAAUAUAAUUGAUGAAAUUAUUCGAUGCUAUCUGUAAAUCGACGAGUGUUGACGACAAUUCGCGACUACUAGCUUUUUAAUCAGUCUGUCAGCGCAUUAAAAAGCUUUUAGUUAUCGACAAUUCGCGAUUACUGGCUUUUUAAUCGAUCUGGAUAAAAGGCAUUAAAAAGUUUUUAGUUUUUAAUGAUCUGCGAUGUGUCAUCAUUUCGGACAGUAAAAGAUUUAACUGCAGUUUUAAUUAUGACGAACUGCUGAACACACAUCUUACCGACAAAUCGUUUCUUGAAUCGUUCGGGGGAUUUUUGUUUACUUAGCAAUCUUGAGAAUUGUCUAGGCGGUUAUGGAUGUUAUUGGAAUUACAAAGCAAGGAUGUAAUGUAUAAUAUUAUACUUCUCCAUUCUGAAACUGUGAUGAUCGAUAUUCUUUAAUAACGUGAUCUGUCAGUGCUCUGAAUAUUGGUUUUGCAACUGUCAUUCAGAGAGAAGUUGCUUUAAAUUAUUCACAUUCUAAUAUAAUUUUAUUCUUACGGCUACUCAAAAUUUGGCGAUUUUGUACUCGAGAUUAAACAUCUUUUAAAGUAUAUAAGGCUUCUUUUUGGUGCUUUUACGUCACAAUAUUACGUUAAAGUUUAUCGAGAUGUUCUCUUAUAAGAAUUGCAAUAGUUUAUUAUUAUUACACUGAUUUGAAACGUACGUUAUUUUUCCUUAUAUGAUUAUUGUCAGACGUGAUGACAAAUAUAUAGGUAUAUACUCAUCUAAUUGUCAUCAUUACAUGUAAUGUAUGAGUUUAAUAGAUAGUAGUUUUAACUGG